UUGCAGCCAUUAAAGGUAAGCUUUAAGAUGAGGGAGCUUACGCGAGGAAAUAAAAGGAGACAUCAUUUUUUAAUCGGAGCAACUUUAGUUUUGGCUCUUUCGACCUAUAUCGAUCAGGCUCUGAGUUUACCUGUUGAUACUUUAAGCCAAUGGCCGACGUUUCCCAGAAGAAAUAUUGCAGCUCUUGCCAGAGAUGGAUAUCUUAAAAGCGCUUCUCCAGGAUUUAAAAGAAGCAUAUCAACGCUAGCUAAAAACGGCCAAUUGCCUACAUUCAGAUCUCCAAAUGGUGAAGCAGAUAAAACAGAAGAAGACGACGAUGAGGUUCAUGACAAAAGAAACAUUGCGUCUAUAGCUCGUCUUCGUAGCUAUAGUGCUAAAAGGAAUAUUCAAGCUUUGGCUAGAGAUGGCUAUCGUGUUGGUAGAGGGCACUAUAAUCAACCUAAUGAUAAGCGUAAUAUUGCCUCCAUGGCUCGCAACGGAAUGAUACACAAACGCGACGAAAUUAUGGGAGAUGAAUAUUAUUACCCAUUCUUUCAAAAUCCCCUGCCACCACUAUCGGAAAUUGAUGGCCCAUUCGAUAUGAAUGAAAUGUACGAUUUUCAACAAUCUAUGAAUCCUGACAUGCUACCCCCUUUAUCGCAAGUUUCCAAACGUAGUGUUGUUCAGCCUGUGGCAUAUCCAGAAAAUGACUAUGAAACAAAUUACGAUCGCAAUUGGUAUUUAAAAAGAGGCACUGUGGGUAUGCCUGUACAUGGACUCUUUAGACCAAUUUAUAUUGAGCCUGCUACACGUUCCAAGAGAUACAUAUUAUCGUUACCAGACGUCAUUGAAGGGAAUGAUAUUGAAGCAACUGAAACUAAUGACAAUGAUAACGAAGAUAAACGAUCCGUAGAUGAAGAUGAAGUUCGUGAUAAUUUUGAAAAACGCCAUAUUGGGUCUUUGGCCCGCUUAGGUCUAUUGCCCUCUUUUAGAUUCUCAGGAAGUCGUUAUAGUAGAUCUGGAAGAGCCAGACUGUUAUUACCUAGUCAGGAGUUAUACAGGAAGCAUUCCGCUGACGAGAAUUUCGGAAUUAGGGAAUAUUUCUAUAGUCCCGAAGCUGACGCAACAGCCGAUUCAAACGACGCCGACUUACCGCCGCCGCCAAUACUUGCUAACACGCACCCGACCGGCCGGUACCUCCACCGAUCGCUAAAUGACCUUCCAGCAUCGUAA